CUGUGCAACUUCUCGGCUGGAAGCGGUCGCUACCGCUGCCUCGCACCGUGCGCUAGAACGGGACACAACAUCCAAUGCAUCUUCUCACCAUCGCGUACGGCAGCGGUGUAAACGCUCCCUAAGCCUCGCAUGCCAAAUUCGAUAGCGAAUUUCCCUUCGGGUAUCAUUUUGUGAUGCUUCCUCUCUUCCGAGGUUCUAGACAAUUUGCUAAUAAUACCCGUGAACGCAAAAGUUUCCUUGUUCGUGCUAUUUGCCUCCUGCCAAGUGAUAUUCUGCCGCGAAGUGAAGCCCUGAGUGUGAGGCGAAAAUAAGGAAACCGGGCCCCGGGUGUGCUACCGUGUGCGUGCGUGUGUGCGAAAGGGAAGAAGGGUGAUGAAAAUCGAACCCACUCGCAACACCGUGCCGCAGCAGCGUUGAUGAUGCGUUGGUCUGGCGUUGGUUGUUGGUUUUGAGGUUUCUAGUUCUUCUUCCUCUCCGUUCCAUCCACCCUGUGUACUGCUGUUGUGUGUGCGUGUGUGUGCGCGCUGUGAAAAGUGCGAUUUUCAAUGGUGGAAGUCGCGGCGGCAGUCGCUGACGACGGUAUCAAAGAGUGCACUGCGAAGUAGCAAUUGUUCGGUGCGCGUUCGCUGCUGUGACGCCUACAUGCCGCAAAACGGCCAGCAUCGCAUCGUUCCAGUCGCGCUUCGCAUUGGGCAGCUAGGCGCGGGCUGCUACUGUUGGUGCCACUGCUGCCGUUGCUGUCAGUUGGCGAUUUGGUAAGGAAAGCACACGGCACAACACCGGCCGCAUAUUUUCCGCAGCAGCAGCAGCAGCACCGGGGACCGUUUGUAGGAUUGUAAGCGGAAGGGGGAUACGCGACCCCUGCGGGAGGAUGGUCGUUUCGAAGGAAGGCAAGCGCCGGCGUAAGGUGACCGCCAUCGCACAAGCAGCCGGUGGGGGCAGCUCCAAUCCAUCCUCCGGCAGCGGCACCAAUGGGCCGAAUGUAGCGCCCGAGCGGGAUCUUUCGCCACCGGAAAUCCCGAAACGUCCGAAGGUACAUGCACAGCGAAAGUUUGCCCAGGGCCAAGGGACGGCCUCCUCGUCCUACCUUAGCUACUCGUCUGCCCCACCAACAACGCCCGGCAAAGAUGGGCCGAACCGAGCAACGCAAUCCGGCGCCGGCAAUGGCACAACGCCGACCGGUCCCGGCAGCGGAACCGGAGCGGACGCCACUGCACAGGUUCCGGAACUGCUGCCCAACAUGCGCCCCAGCACGGACGAUUUUCUUACGUUCCUGUGCUUCCGCGGCACGCCGGUUCUGCCGCCGGAGUUGGACUUUUUCAACAAAUCAAGCACCACUGCCGCCGGAAACAGUGGCACAACCAGUGGCGCAAGAUCAUCAGCCACAGCGAGUGGCUCCGGCAGCUCUAAAUUAAAGGGCUCUCCGCAAGCGAAACCGGCCAUAGCAUCCACGAACGAAACGGCCGCAUCUGCCAGCAAUCCUGCUACAAGCUCUUCCAAGCCGGCCCAAGGCGCCAAACAAACGCCAGCAACGCAAGUGAAAGCCACUGCACAGGAAUCAACCGGCCAGGACAAGGCAACUGUAGCACCCGCUGCUACAUCGUACAUGCCGUUUGCGGUGCAAAGGGCCGAGCAACAUCCGGCCCCGGCUGAGCCGCGAACCGAUCGAAAGCGUACGCAGGAUAAGAUGCAAGCGCUGCGUAAAAAGUACCACGAUCAGCGCGUUGCUAAGCUGCGUGCGACGGGCCAGGGCCAGAGGCAGAGUGGCCGCGGGACGGUGGCAAUAUCGACACGCUCUUCGGCCGUUCCUUCGAAAGCUGGACCGAAAGAGGACGAGGAAGAGGCGGUAGAGGAAGAGGAGGAAGAGGAAGACGAUGAAGACGAAGACGAGGCAAGUUCGGACAAUGAAGAAAAGGAGGACGAGCAAGAAGGCAAGCCGGGCAAAAAGGGCGAAAAGGAAGAGCCAAACGUUGGCAGACGGAAAAGUGGGCUGCGGAGCGGGGCAGCAUCGCACGCAUCCAGUCCGGCGGUCGAGAGCGGGAAAGGUUCGCCGGCCAAAAUUCCGCGCAAUACGAAGCGUGAUUCAUCGAAAGGUGGCCCAGAUCCGGAGACAGGCAAAGAUUCUCCAGCAAAAUCAAUUGAAAGUAAAGCUGGUGGUAAGGGGACGAAGACAGCAAAUACUCCACCUGCUACGCCUACUGAGGACGCUUCCAGGCAGAGUGUAACGCGUACAGCCGCAGCAGCAGCAGCAGCCGCUAAUUCGAAGAAAACGGCCAAAGAAACGCCGAAAAGUUCACCCACACAGCAGCCCGCGGCGACGGUCGCUUCCGACACGGAGGGCAAAGAGAAGCGUACGACACGGCUGUCCGCUCUGCGCAAUCCACCCCCUGUGACAACUAAAGCAACGCCCGAAAAGUCGCUUGCUGCGACGAAACCGGCAAAAGAGAAGCCGCAACAGAAGCAGCCGGAUCGAGUGGACUUUUCUUCCGACGAUGACGAGCCGCUGUCACGGACCACUCGCACCGAUAAACGUGCGUCGGACAGGACGGUUAGGACUUCGCCCGAGGCGGGCAAAACGACGCGUUCCGGUAGGAGCCGUAAGUCGGAACCGGCCGCCACGCUGGACAAGGAUCCGGACGAAAUGCCGGACAAGAAGACGCGCCGUUCGGAGUCGGUCGUCAGCCGGCGGUCGGAUAUAAGCUCCCGCAAGUCCGAGAUGCGUGAAGUGCUGCCGAAAAAGGCGGAAGAAGCUUCAAAACCGCAACCGGCCCAGCGAGGACGGAAGCGGAAGGAACCGGUCGCCCAAACGCAGCAACCCGCCGUCAAGUCGACCAAAGAGGAAGAGGCCCCGCACAGCGAGCCGAAGGCGGAAGGUGCGACGGAUGCGACGGAGCGAAAGCAGCCGGCAACGGUCGGGCGAAAGAAGCGCGAAACGCCAGCGCCGGAUGCAGCCGGACGCGACGGUACGCUUUCGCCGGAAGUGGAGGAGAAGAAACCGAAAACGGCCUCCUCGACGCCGGUCGAAUCGCUCAGCACGUCGCGCCCGUCGCGCAAAACGAAGGAAGCGGCCACGCUGUACAUGGAACUGAUCGGGCGGAAGCUCAACCACGACGACAAAUCGGACGACGAUGCGUCCUCGCUGGACAGUCUCGAGCUGCCGAACGUGCGCAAGAUGGAGCGGAUGGAGAACGAGCUGAAGGCGAAUGCGGGCAAGACGCGGGACGCUAGACCGUCGGCAGCUAAGGCGAAAAGGAAAGCGGGAGCCGCAGCCGCCCGGUCGGUGGACGAGGACGAGGUGGAAAAGGAAGCGGGCGGCGAUGAGACGAAGGUAAUUGAAAAAAGCUUUAGCGAUUCGGACGAGGAACCGUUGGCGAGCAAGUUUCAGCGCAAGCAGCAGCAGGCGCGCCGACAGACGGCCAAAGCAAAAGCGGGAGCACCGGCCAAACAAACCGCCGGGCGGAAGAAUGCGAAGAAAGCGAACGUGUCGGAUGAGGGGAAAUCCACCGAGGAGGCUUUAUCGCCCGACAAAAAGGACGGCGGAGAAAGGAAGUCGGCCAAGGUCGAGGAACCGCCGGUGCAGCGGCAACAAGCGGCCACAAAAAAGGGUUCGCUGGUCGGAGCGGCAGCGGCAGCCGCCAGCAUAAACUCCCCGACUGGGACAAUGAAACAAAACGGUACUACGGCAGCGAAUGUUGUCCCGGGCACGGGGAGUAGUACCUUUACACGCACUCCCACGAAGCUGAAUGCGAAAGGUGGUGGGACCACCAGCAGUCCACUCGAAUCUCCGGCCCUGUCGUCCGAUCAUCUGAAAAGUCCCACCACCUCGGAGGGACAGAAUUUGUCGCGGCUGAACAAAUCGAUGGACAAUACGCAGCUGUCGACCACGGUCGAGCCGGCCGAAAGCCCCAUCAAGAUCCCGCAGAUGCUCAACAUACCGACCGUCGUGCCGAGCAGCUACCAAACGUCGUCCUUUCUGCACCACGCGUCGCCGGUGACGUCACCGACGCAAGCACUCCACCAACAGCAAGCUCCCUUUACCCGUGCCAUAAAGCCGUCGCUUGGGACGGCGACGAACGCUGCCGGGCCGGGGGUGAACAAUGCUUCUUCCACCGAUGCUUACCACCACCCUUUAGCGAACGCGUCCAGCCAACCGACCGACCACGGUAGCAUGCCUUUCAAUCGCUCUGGCACGACGAAUGCGACGAAUGCAAAUACUGCAAAUGCCGCCGGCCAAUCCACCUCCGCCACGCCGAAGGCAGACUUUACCCUUCCGCUGGACGAUGCGGACUUUCUGAAAGCGUUCGAGAAGUGCGCCUCGGGCGACCCGAUCGGGGCGGAUAAGCCUGCCGCCCACUCGUCCCUGCUCGGCAACCUGCUGCCGAGCAAGGAGGAGUCGGAAAAGAUUUUCGGCAUCGCUAGCGUCAGCCUGGCGCAGAGUUCCGGCCCGCUCGACACCAAGUGCACGCUGGGGAAGUGUGGCUCGGUCCACAAACCGCCGCUGGGGCCGCCCGUGCUGACGGAGUCGCUGCUCGGUGGCAAUCUGUCGCCGCGCGAUCGCCGCAAGGCGAAGGUGAACAUGACGCACGAGCAGAUACAGAAGUGGAUCUACGAAUCGUCCUGGUCGCCGAUCGAGGACGACCUGAAGGAUGACGAGCUGGAGCUGCUGGAGCCGGGCGCACGCACACCGCCGCCCCCGGUGACGGGUGCUGCGGCGGCUUCUACUGCUUCCGCACCGGCCGGGACCACCGCGCAAGCGUCCACUACGACGGCGUCCGGCUCGGGUUGGGCAGGAAUGAUGGCCUCCACGUCAACGCCGAUCAGCACGCCCGCCCACGGCAACGGUCGGGGCAAGGAAGAGCAGAAUCGUACCCCUACGAGCGCUCCAGUUGUUUCUCCUCUCGCCGCAACUACUGUGGUGGGGGAGAAAAAGGACACGACACCGUUCCAGGGACAGAAGCAAUCGGCCACCCCAUCCGCUCAGGAGGUAAAACCGGCAGGCAACGAUAAGGAAAGCACUCCGGCAAAGGCGCAAAGCAGUGAGGCACAAUCGGGCAAGGAAGGGGGAGGACCUUCGGCGUCCACUCCAACCGUCAAGCCGAAGGAACCGAGAAAAUCCAAAGCAGAAACACCCGCAACACCGACGACAACGCAGACUGCACCGCGUGCCACCGCCACCACACCGACCACGACGACGUCGGGCGAACGGAAACCAAUCUACCGGAAUGCAACGGGACGAACGCCCGUCUACAAGCAGGACGCAAUGGCCGCCAAGCAGUCGCCGGCGGCACAAACGACCACCAGCCCAGCAGCUGGCCAAAGCGUACCGACAACAUCGCCUUCCACGAAGCCAGCGGCCGGUCAAGGUCCCUCCGGUGGUGCCCCGGGAGCAACAGCAGCAUCCGCACAGAGCGGCAGCAACAAGUUUGGCGCCUUCUCGCCCGUCAACGAACCGAGUGUGUACUCGUUCGACAAGGAGGAAGACUUUAUGCCGGUGGCGACACCGUUCCGUAGGCAGCAUGGCCCAGCUACCGGGGCAGGCGGUCGACGGGAGUCGUGCAAUUCGUCCGCCCGCGAUGAACCAACUGCCAAGCGUGAUGCAACGCCCGUGGCGGACGAGAAAGCGGCUUUUCAGAAACCACCCGCCAUGGCGAGCAAAGCAAACAACGCGGGAGGAUCCAGUUCGGCUCCCGCCACUGCCGAGGAGAAAGCGAAAGCAACCGAAGAGGACGCAGAUCGGAAGGACGAGGACAAACCGUUGACGGUGAAGCAGGAAGCGAGCGAUACCGAGGCGGACGGUGGUGCUGGUGGUAGUGGCGCCGGUGGACAGACGUUUUACAUUCCACUGCAGGGUCCGACCGCGGGUGGCAGUACGGCAGGCGGCAGUACCGGUGGGAAAUCAUCCGAUCAGCUCAUCCAGGGCGUCGCAGUCAAGCUCGGAACGGAGGGGCCCGAUGGGCCGAACCAGCGCGUUAUAAUGCACGCCAAGCUGGUGACGAAGGCUGAGAUGGGCUCCAAUCCCACCACGCUGCCCGACUCGAUGAACGUGCAGGAGCUGGUCAAGAGCCUAACGGCGCAGGGUGGUGCGGCGGCCGCCCUCGGCAAGGAGGGGCUGGCGAAGCUGCUCCCCAUGGGACUGCUCCAGUCGCGGCUCAAGUCACCGACGGCAGAUGCCCCAGCGCCCUCAACCGAUGCACGCACACCGACGCUCGAGGAUCGGGCCAGUGCCGAACCGAUGUCCCGCGGUCUGUCGCGCAUCGCCUCCAACUCGUCCCUCUCGUCCCAGCGCUCGAAGCCGACGGGCGGCAAAAGCAACGCCAAGGGCGGAACCGGCGCUGGUCGGGGCAGUGCGGAAACGGUGCCGCCACCGCAGCCGGACAACAACACGGUGUUCCCGCGCCGGGACGAUCCGGCCCAGAUGGUGGAGGCGCCGGUGUUCAAGCCGACCGAGAAGGAGUUCCACGAUCCGAUGGAGUACAUCGAGCGGAUCGCACCGAUCGCGUCCCGGUUCGGCAUCUGUCGCAUCGUGCCGCCGGCCAGCUUCAAGCCGGAGUGCCGCAUCGCGGACGAUAUGCGCUUCAUGGCGUACAACCAGUACGUGCACAAGAUGCUGCACCGGUGGGGCCCGAGCGCGAAGGAGUACGCCGCCAUCAAGAAGUAUCUGGCGACGCAGAGCAUCAACCUGCAGGCGCCGCCGGUGAUCGGCGGCAUGGAGGUGGACCUGCCCCGGCUGUACCACACCGUGCAGGAGCUCGGCGGGCUGAAGGAGGUGAUCGAGAAGAAGAAGUGGGCCCGCGUGUCGGAGGACAUGUGCAUCCCGAAGGCGGCGCACGAUCGCGUCUCGAAGCUGGACGACAUCUACUGCAAGUAUCUGCUGCCGUACGAUACGCUGUCGCCGGCCGAGCGCCAGAAGCUGUUCGACGAGGUGGAAGCGGACUGGGCCAAGCGGGAGGCGAAGGCGCGCCGCAACGCGGACAAGGGCGUCGGGUCGGAGAUCCGCAACAGCGGCGACUCGGACGAGGACGACUCUAACGACGACGAGGAGGAGGAGGACGAGGACGAGUGCUCGAUGGAGUGCAUCGUGAAGGGGCGCAGCAUGCCGCUGAACCAGUUCUUUCGCAUCGCGCGCAACACCAUGUCGCUGUGGUUCCGGAACAGCGAACCAACGGUGGCGGAAAUCGAGGCCGAGUACUGGCGCCACGUCGCGGUGCGCGACAGCCACGUGUGCGUGCACUCGGGCUCGAUCGACUCGAGCGCGUUCGGGUACGGGUUCCCCAGCCCGAAGGUGAAGGGUUCGUCGUGCGCCAAGCACCCGUGGAACCUGAAGGUGCUGACGAACAACAGUGGUUCGAUACUGCGCUCGCUCGGCCCGGUGAUGGGCAUCACGAUACCGACGCUGCACGUCGGCAUGCUGUUCAGUGCGUGCUGCUGGUAUCGCGAUCCGCACGGCCUGCCCUGGAUCGAGUAUCUGCACACGGGCGCGAACAAGAUCUGGUACGGCGUGCCGGACGAUCAGAACGCCAACUUCCGCGCGGCACUGACCGUGCUGGUGCCGACGCACUGCCAGAACAAGACGAUCUGGCUGCCGUGCGAUACGGCGAUGGUGCCGCCGCACAUGCUGACGGACCGGAGCGUGUCGCUGUGCCGCACGGAGCAGCAGCCGGGCCAGUUUGUGGUGGUGUUUCCGCGCGCGUACACCUCGAGCCUUUGCACCGGGUACGCGGUGUCGGAGAGCGUGUACUUCGCUACGAACAGUUGGCUCGACACGGCCAAGGAAGAUUUUAGGGACAUACAGGAAAGCUGCGAACCGACCAUGUUCUCGGUGGAGCAGCUGCUAUUUGCGAUCGCGAACGAUCAGCGCAGCAACCAUGAUACGCUUGUGCAGGCGUACCCAAUGAUAGUCGAUAUCUACGAAAAGGAGAAACUACAUCGACAAACGCUAAAGGAGCAAGGCGUAACCAAAUCGGAACGCAUCGAGUCGAAGAAGAAGAGCGCCUCGCUCGAUGAGUUGGAGUGCGAGCGGUGCCGGGCGAACCUCUACCUUUCGCUAGUGAAGGUAAAGGUGACCCGGUCGGACGACGACGACGAGGAAGGGGACGAAGACAAUACGACGGUGGACGAGGAGGAGCGCAUCUACUGUCUGAAGCACGCGGUAAAGCAUCUGGCCGAUGGUGGCCUGCAGACCAAGCACUGUCGGCUGGCGUACACCUACUCGCUGGAUGACAUCGAGGAGCUGCUGAAGAAGCUGCAGGACCGGAUCGCCAACAAGAAAUCCACGAAAUCAAGUGCCGGUAGCAGUGCUGGUGGUGGUGGUGGCGGAGGAGGAGGCGGAGGAGGAAGUGGAAGUGGUGGAGGAGGUGGUGGUGGUGGGGGCGGUGGUAGUGGUCGUGGGAAGUCAUCCCUGCAUCUAGCGUCCACCUCGUCCCAGUCGUCAUCGUCCUACCAGGCGCCCAGUCACAGCAAGUACGCUGGCAUGGCAACGAUGUUAAAGUAAAAGGGUGCAGAUCGCUGCUUAGAGCAGUGGUGGCUAGAUUUAAAACGUUUCCAGAAGCAUGCGUGGUAAGUUUAAGGGGCCCUAACAAGCACCAAAAACACUAACCCCUUCUGUAUUUACAAAAUAUUUUGAUGAAAGAGGACGCCAUUUUAUGGAAGGCAUGAUGGCGUAUGCGAGGAAAGAGGUUUCUACUUUAGGGCUUUUAUUUUAUGCAAUUUAACCAUAGAUCGGGGCAUAUCAACGCUCGGCUCCGUUCGUGUAGGAUGGCGGUACUAGCGCAAGGGAAAUCACGAUGUAAAGAGAACGGUGAGCAAGAAUCAAGCUCAAUACGCUUGGCCAGUUUGCAUCCCACAUUUAAUUUAGGUACAGUAUUUUACAGACAGUUUGUUGCCGCCUACUGUCGCCGUCCCUAUUCCUUUUUUAUUCCUUUUUAAGGGCUUCACUUUAACGCGACAGUAUUACCACGCUCUUAUCCAUAUUGUAUCCGCAUAGGCGCUCACAUGAACAAGGUAGAGUGUGUGCCCCGGACAGCUAGCGGCAAUAGAAACGCAAUCUCAAAUCUUUCCCGUACCUUGUACGGUAGGGGGACGAAAAUCAUGCAAUCAUGAAAUACCACGGGCAUUGUUUGUGCAUUAGUUUACACCGCGUGCAGUAAUAGUAGUUAGUUUAAGCUUUUCGAAUGAUAAGGAACAAAUCCCUUGCUUUACAACACACUCGCCUAGAGAACAGAUUACAUGCAUAGAUAGUGCAUAGUUUUGCGCGUCGCCCGAGAGCAGACAAAAGGAGCAACAGGAUGUGCGACUCUCUUCCUUCGCUGUGCGCUGUUUUAGUGUACCCACAAUCCAGCUACUAGUAGGUGUGCAAUAUGCCUACAUUCCUUUUGGAGAUGCUUGAUCCUUCCCGCCACCACUACUCUGUCCACAGCGCUUAGAAUAGUUAUUGUUAAGAGCAGACAAAUAAUCGCAACCAUUCAACACCUAAUGCCAAAUGUGCGCUCCGAUAUGAUUGGAGGCAUAACACGCGAUGUAUGUGUGUUUGUGGGUGUGUGUGGGGUAUGCUAAUAAUGUGUGAAGAAGGAAGGUAGUUCCUUGCGUAGGACGAUAAAUAGGUAGGACAGGGAACUUAUCGCCCACGAGCAAUCGCCCGAUCGCGUGCUAAUGCAAACCCCUCGUAUAUAUCCCCAUUGAUGGCUGUUGAGAGAAGAUAGAAAGAGGAAAUGAAAAUCAGUGUUAAAGAUGUGUAUUUCCACCCUGCCGCUGGUGGGGCCACGUACGGUAUGUGAGUGUGUAUUAGAUGCACCUGUGCACAUUUUCCUUCUACAGCAAUUUAAUCCAUAUCGCGCUUCAACAGGAAUCGAACCGGACAUAGUGGAAUAUGUGGAAGCCAUCAAUUAACGCGCCAUUAUUGCUUUUGUACGAUGCAGAAGAAAACAUUUGCUCUAGCCUAGCCAUGUAUCAUCAUCUGUUGCGUGUUGUAAGUUAAGUUUUUCUAACCGAUAACCACGCUCUACGCCCCGCCACUCCACAACAAUAUAAUUCUUUCUAAGUGUAAUUUAUGUGUAGAUGUGCAUAUAUUCGUGUACAUGUGUGUGUGUAUGUAUGUAUAUAAUUGUACUUGUAGUGUAUAUGUACGCAUCCUUGCAUGUGCGUGAAGGAAGCGGGGGAAGUAAUGCAAUCGUGUGAGUAUGAGAAAACGGCGCAAUACCAGACUAGUCGGAAUAGAUUAACAAUUAAUGGAACGGAACAGAGAAAAAGAGGCAACAUCACCAUGGGGCAACUAGGGUGUAGUUAGGCAGGUAAUUUAUAAAGGAAAGAUGCGUUAAAUACGAAGCGAUAAAGCAGGAGAAAUAGGAAGGAGAAAAGAAAGAAAAAAUAAUUGCGCAACAUAAAAAAAAGAAACGCAUGUUAGGUGGAAUGGUGCAAACUGCUUUAGAAAACAAACAACAAUAUGGAUAGUGUAACACAGUGAGAAUGAGCGAAUUAGUGAUACAUUUAUACACAUACACAGCAUGCAUACAUAAAUACAUACAUAUACAACUACCACCAGCGGAAAAUAGUAGAUUAAAAAAAA